AUGCCCCAUAGGAUGGGUAUUGGUCUUGUUGAGCGUCAUCGUGGGGGGAUUUCAAGGGAACUGCCUGGCCCCGCCGCUGCUGCUGCUGCUGCUGCUAGUGGUGUUGGUGGUGGUGUCAUUGACGAGGGGGACAAUUACGAUGAGGGGCCACGACCGAGUUCUUUUGUGCCGACGCCAGAGCCUCGUGUACCUGCCACGGCUUCCACUGCUGCUUCUGCGUCCUUCUUGCAUGCCGGCAUCUCCACGUCUCCCCGUUCAACGAGGGCGGAGCGGAACACACUUGGGGGAUCGUUGUCCAUGUCACCUGUGAUGGAUGGGGCAUCGCUUCGUCGUCAGGUGCGGAGACGGUCCUCCGUCGCUCACGUGCGGCGGCUGGAUCUCAGCACGACGGUGAUGGAUGGUGUGGAGUGGAGCUGGCUUUGUCGGGAUGUGCUGCCAACGAUGUCGAGCCUGAUUUACUUGGGAUUGGCACACAUGGGACUCACAGACAAACGACUCGUGGAACUCAUUCGCGAGUGCCAUUUAGAUUCUGUGAGCCGCAGUACGGCGCUGCCAUUAUCUUCCUCAUCAUCACUUUUGUCAAGACGGUCAGGGGGUCGUGUGGCGUCAAAGUCUAUCAUGUUUGGCGAUGCGUCUUCUUCCCCAACGUCACGUGAAUUUAGUGCUGGAAGAAAGAAACCUGCAAGGGCGUUGCCGACGGCUACGGGGGCGCGUGGAAGACGUGAAUUGCGUGGACUGAGCGUGUUGGAUUUAAGGGGGAAUCAUCUAACGCACCGCAGUGCAGCUCCUCUCGGAAAGCUUCUUCUUUGCGUGGCAGACACCCUGGACGAGCUACACUUAUCGGGGAAUCCUUUGCAGGACUAUGGGCUUCAAAUCUUGGGGAUUUAUUUGGCCAAAUUGAAGCUUACGUCCCUGCGUAACGAGCAACACUUUUUCUCACCGUCGCUGGUGCAGCAGUAUGCGGCAAUUCUCAAAAGGAAGAAGAGAGAGGCUGAACACGAGGUGAGGCUGCGGCACGGUGUACUUCAGGGACCAACCCACACCAAGACGGACGAGUGGCUGCGUGGGGAGAAUGGAGGACGAAACGCGAAGGAAGAAGAAGAUGAUGCCUGCGGUGAGGCGAAAAUUCAUUUGGGAAUUUCAUUCCUGGACCUGCGAGAUUGUCAGGGCUCCGCACGGGGAAUUUCGGAGGUGCUCGCUGGUGCCAGUCGUGCCCACCGAUUGGAAACCAUUCUGUUAGCAGGCAAUGGGGCCUUAGCAGCAGCGCUUAUUCCUCCCAAAUCAACAUGUACGGAUGGAGAGAUGUCACCGUUGGCAACAGGAAACAGAGGUGAGGGGCCUUCAGAGACAAACCCGUCGCCUACAGCGAAUCGAUUUUCUAGUUUUCAAGAACUCCAAUACCCAUGCGCGUUAUCAGCUGUAAACCUUUGCAGGGUACCAUUAUCGAUCAUGUGUACACCCAUUGGCUGCCGCGAGCUUUUUUUAAACAUAUUUUUUUGUUGCCCCAAAUUGAUCCUGUUGGAUGUCUCACGGAGCCUUGACUUUUCGAAACUGCCAAAUUCGCUGCUGCAGCAGGUCCUGAUGGAUGGAAGAGAACCUUCGAGUGACCCACGUACCUAUUGGCGCCUGCAGCGGGAGUUGGAGGGGGUGGCGGAGUUUACGCUAGAUGCAGUGAUGAUUGGUCGCCAAUCGUGCGUGGGAAGCAUUCUUUGUGAAUUGGUCGCACAUGCGGCAUUUAACGCGCAGCGACGGCAAACUGUGGCUCCUUCCGCAUUUUGUCACUUGAAGGAGUUGUACCUAAAUGGUACGGGAGUUACUGACGUGGCGGUACGAGGUUUGGCGAUUGCCGUAUCCUCUUCGGGGUCGACGGGCGUUCUUUCUAGUCUCACGGUGCUUGACAUGGCGGAUAACCUCCUGACAGUUAAUGGCUGUUUGCAGGUUAUGCAUGCCUUUAUCCUUGAUUGGCCAGUGACCCCUUCUGUGUUGUCAACCCUGGCGCUUCAGGGAAAUGCUGGGAUUUAUCAUGAUGAUAAUGACACCAUUCUGCUGCUUCAGCAGGUUGCCGAGGCUGCUGUGCAGAAGCGGCGUGAAGAAAGACAACGGCGUGAUCCUGUCGACGGAAAGGGAUUCCCAUCGCCGCUGAGCAUUUAUCUCGGUGCUGUGCAUGCAGCAAUCUUCAGCAUCUCAAGCGGCGGGGUGACGGCCUCGACUGGGGUGCCACGCACACAUACCACCCGUUCUUCUUGGCGAACUGAAGGGGACAACAUAGCGGCAGCAGCAGCGGAAGAAAAGGAAACCGUGAAAAUGGCGAGGAAACGGGAGCAAGGCGAGGUGUUGGCGGUACAUGAGAGUGAUUUCGAUAGGGAAUUCCCGACGUUUCAGCUCGGAGAAGUUGGGCCAGCGCCGUCUCCACAGAAGGCGGUGAGGCCGUUGAUGGAGGGACCAGUGGGUGCUUCGUUCAUUUCUCCACUUGGCGCACAAAUGGCGGCGCCCUGCGAUGUUAGCUCUAUCCCACCCGGAGAGACCCCGCGGCAAUUUCUCUUCUCCAUGCCGUCGACACCAUUGAUGCCGCAGCGCACGGCGGAUCGGUUACGUCCACCCGAUCAACAGAACAGGACACCGCUGCGACAAGAAAUCAAAGAGGGAGGGCAGCGGCGUAGGAGUUUCCCCAUUUUGUCGCCAUUGGUUGUAGAUGAUAGUUCGUUUAUUGCCGGAGGAUCCACCACGGAAUUCAUCGCGGGAGAGACGCAUCGUGGUUCAGUCUUUAAUAUCCAGCCGCCAACAGGGGUUUCCUCACCGAGUAGAGGAGCCGGUGUUGUGCCUCGUUUGACGUUAGCAAAAGGAGAUGACCGGCGGGCAAUGGACGUCGCGACCGCCACACAUGGGCGUUACUGCAACGGUGGACGCGGGAUAACACCACCGUCAUCCACAACAAAUGAUCAUCCUGUGCUACAAGACAGACAGACUGCUGUGCAGAGAGAAACAUCAUUCACGUUGGCUUCUUCUCCCAAUUCCAAGGCGUUUAAAUUUGGCUGUCUCUUUGCCUCCAUGGACGUUAGCAAGGGUCGCGACAGCAACGUGGAGAAGGGAAAUGCUUUGACCAGAUCUCGUGUUAGCGGGGAGGAAAUUAACAAAUAUAAUGAUGGUGGUGGUGGUGGUGAAACUGAUGCUGGGGAGAAGGGAGCACGUGUAAUGCCUGAAACCGCGAAAGUUUUGACUUUGCACGGAGAUAAAAUCCUGGGGCUGAAGGAAGCUGAGGAUGGUGAGUCACCAGUAACGGUGUCGUAUGGUGGCGGUGCUGUUGGGCGUGAGAGGCAGACAGCAUCAAAAGUAGAGGUCACAAGCAGCGCUGUGGACGGGAAAUGGAGGAUGAACACUGCUGCGAGGCUCGGUCGCUUGCAGAAACAAUUUUUGAGUGAGCCUCUGGAUGAGUCGGACCGUCCAGUGAUGAUGAUGACAUCAACAGCUCAUUUUCGCUCGGAUAAAACCGACACGGAUGAUUCUACCGCUGUUGCCACUGCCGGCAAAGAUGCCACCGUGAUGAAACCGGAGCCAAUCCAAGAUUUACUGUUGCAGAAAAAUGGAAUAGGGGAGGAGAACAUGCGUUCCGACCCUGUGAUACCGGCAUUGGGUAACCUCGAUGACAUGGAGACGGCAUCUUUGAGACCGAUAAAAGGACGUCGUGAGAAGAGCUUUGUCAUGUCCUAUUACCACCCCAUGGGGCACAUACUCUGUCGUGGCUGGCGCCUACUGUAUCGCAACGAUUCAGUUGGCGAAGAUGCCCGGGGAUGUGUUGAGCGUGAUGUGUGGACGCUUCUGCAGCCACUGGAUACAGAACAGGGAAGUGCGGUGGUGAGUUCCGUCUCGUUUGUGGUGCCAUCGGCGGAAGACAUGGAUAACGAUGCGGAGUACGGCAUCACAAGACUAAAAAUUGUCUCCAAUGAGCGUCGCUCCGUGCUAGCAGAACGGUUACAGCAUAACGCAAACAUGGAAAAUGGGAUAAUUGCCUUUCCGAGGCUUAUUGCGGCAAUUCGGCGAGCCGAGGAGGACACCGUGGAUGUGAUUGCAGCCAUGCUUGACGCGGCUCAUGGUAGACUUCCUCCAGAAUACGUGGGAUGCACUGCGGAGGAAUUGGUGCACGGGCGGCACGGUAACGAGGACGAGUUAAUGGCUGAACUUGGAGCGGCCAUUGCUGCCGGCGGCAGCGAUGAGGAAUCACAGGCGUCAUUCAAUGAGGAGGAAUGUGCGGCGGACCAACUGCCUUCCUUCUCCAGCACCGUUGAUGCCUUUCCUCUCGCUGAGGAGCCCGUUGAGGGAAUCGCGGAGGACUCGCAGUUGCUUCAGUCGCAGAAACAAACAACGAAGUUGAGGGAGAAAUCCGAAGAGGCAGAGGAGGAGGCAAUAAUGCCGAGUGCCGCCUUAUCUCAUGAAUCCCCUUUAUUUAACGUGGCUGAUAGGCCACAGGCAACUUCAGUGAGCGCAGAGGAACCGCCGGCAGACACACCGGAAACGGCUUCUCCUGCGGGAAUCACGGUGCAGCUUGACACGGGGCCAACGACCAGCGCUCAUGCUGCAUCAGCAACAACUGCGGGGGUGGGUGAGGCGAUGAAUCAACCGGCGCGGAGUGUGGUUGGCCGAAUGAAGACAUUUUUGUUUUCUUUUCCGCAUCGUGAAGGUCACUGCCUCUGCCGAGGCUGGCGUCUCUUGCAUCGUCCAGACUCUGUUGGCGAAGAGGCACGACGGCUACUGGAGGCGGAUGUGUUGUCGUUUCUGCGGCCAGCAACUGAGGAGGAAGAAAAGAACGCCGAUAACGAUACCAGAAAAAUUUCUGGCGAUGUUUAUGAUGAUGCGUCUGCAAUGAAGGCUGUCGAGUCGGUGUCCUUUACGUGGGAAGGGUCUUCGUCGUCUACUAUGCAGCUACAGGUGGUGACCAGCGAGCGUCGCGCCGUCAUUUCACAACGAAUACAGCAAAACGUCGUUGGGGAUGAAGGGAUGUUGCCACGCUUUUUGGAGCUUCUUCGCAGCAACGCAAAUUACGACACCAUCCAUGCCGUGGAAACGUAUUUGCAGCGACAGGCCUCGGUGGAUUUACGGGAGCGCAUUGCCAACCGUUACCGUUCCAUCGGGACGCUAGUCCAUUACUAUCACGGCGAUGAGGCCGCCAUGUUAGUGGAGAUUGGUGCGGCAAGUAUGGUUGAUGUGGAGGCCACUGUCGCUCCUGCAGCUGCUGAUUCUGCUGCUGUUACGUCGAUACCGUCGCGGGAAAUCCUUGAGGGUGAGUCUGAACGCGGCGCCAAGGAGGUGAUGGCGACGGGAGACGGUGAGGAAGCACACCGGCUGCUGGAAUGCGGGGAUGGGGUUCAGGGGCUAAAUGAAUCAUCGCUGCAUUUGCAGGAGACGUUGACGGGGAUUCACAGCAACGAGAAUGUUGUGGAGAAGGAAGACCACCACACGGCAGAAAAUACGCCCUUGUCCCGCCGUUCCCCCCUCUCCUUUCUGACCCUUUCGACGCCCAUUCAACGCGAGGGAGAUGGACGCAGCGUAGAGUUGACACCACACGGAGGUAAAAGUGGCAGCAGCCAACACAUUCACAACAGUGCCGCCAACAAGAGCGAGAAGACGGUCACGAAGAAUGAGGAUGUCAGCAGUCCUUCAGCACACAUGCAGGAGGCCUUUGCGGAGAGAGUCCGUCGUUUACAAUAUCUAGCAUACAGUGCGAUGGCCAAGGGUGCGAUUCUAUUGGAUAAGCGCCAGAGGCACAAGCUGCGCAUCUGUAAAGGAAAAUGGGGCCGACAGCCCGUCACGAUUGCUGUGGAGUGGGAUGUAUUUCUUGUGGUAUAUUUUUUGAGGGGCACGAGAUUUGGCAUGAAGUCGCACAAGACCCUCGUGUUGGUGCACCCUGUGGCCUCUGGGGUGCGGUGCUGUGUUGAUGUUGACAACAACGUUGGAGGCCGUGUGCAUGCGAUACGCAUCCGAUUAGAGCGUGCACAUUCCCCGGAUGAGUUGGGAGUGCCCUUGCAGGAAAUAGAAGAAAGGCUGCAUUCGGUGUCGAUGCUCAAUUCUCGCUCGAGGUCUAUGGCAUCUUUACAUGCCAGUUUGAUACCAAUGCAGAGUGUGACAAACAUGAGUAUUGGAAGCAAAUCGUCGUCUGUUGACACCGUCGAUUCUGUGCUGUCGGCGCCAAGCACGGAGCGGCUCCUGCAGCGAUCCGUGUCUUUUCAAGUGACUCUGAGUGAUACGAAAAAGGCCCGUGAGGCGGUUGCCGCGAUUUGCGGCGUGGUGCAGCAUGCAGUGAAGAUGAUACAGCAGACGAUCUCCGAGCAGGAUCGCCAUGCCGUGGCCCGCCCACUUCCUGCAACGCGGACAAAUUAG